CUCUGUAAGAUUAAGUGACUAUCUCUCAGUAUUUUAAAAGCUUUUCACCUGAACGGUAUACAUUUUAGAGUGAAGCUAUUAAUUUAAGUGAAAAAAAUUAAAAAUGGCAAAAAAGAAUAUUUUGUACUGUCCAGAAAUCACUAAUGAUUAUGCAAAUGAGCUAUCAAUGGGACACUUGAUCAUCAAGAGUCUGACUAAUGCUGGUGAUAGAGUACUUUUGGUGUCUGGAAUAACAUCGGAAGAAUUGACAGCAAAAGAGUUGUUAACAAAGGCAAUUCAGUUUGCUCAAUCUUUAAAGUCAUUUGGAAUAAAGAGUGGAGAUGUCGUGUCUCUCGUAUGUGAAAAUCGCUUUGAAUUUGCUUAUGUUCUUUUCGGAAGUCUUUUGUCAAAUGUAACUGUUGCGCCAAUCAAUCUGACAUACUCAGAACGAGAAAUGUCGCAUGCAUUAAGUCUGUCGAAACCAAAAAUGUUAUUUAUGAGUCCAUUUGCAGCUGACAAAGUCGUUAAUGUAGCAAAGUCAUUGAGUUUUAUCCAAAAAGUUGUCUUAUUCGAUGACGAAAACCUUUUUGGAAGUGAUGUAAUGCUGUUUGAUGAUUUCUUGAAACGAUCAAGUAACUUCAACAUUAAAGAAUUCAUUCCAAUGCCUGUUGAAGAUAAACAAAACACAGUCUCAUUAAUUUUAUGUAGCUCUGGAACAACUGGUCUUCCAAAAGGCGUUCAAUUAUCACAAGCUAAUCUUAUCGUAGUCACACGAUUCUGCAAAGAUGUCAUUCUUAAUAUUGGAAAUAUUCCCUCCACCGAAGAGAGAGUAUGCCUUGGAUUAUUACCAUGGUUUCAUGCAUUUGGAAUAACUAUCUUGACAGGUGUUAUUUCUGGAGCAUUGACAAGAAUUGUUCUUUUACCUAAAUUUGAAGAAGCUCUCUUUCUAAGCUGUAUUGAGUAUAAUAAAUGCAAUAUUUUAUUCCUGGUUCCACCACUGAUGGUUUUCCUUUCAAAACAUCCAAUGGUCGAUGAUUAUGAUCUUAGUAGUGCGAAAGUGAUUAUUUGUGGAGCUGCACCUUUGUCAAAAGAGACAGAAAAUGCAGUUUAUGAUCGAUUGAAGAACAAAGACUUGAGAAUUUUGCAAGGAUACGGUAUGAGUGAGUUGUCACUUGCAGUUCUCCUUCAAAAGUCAAUUAGAAAACCAGGCUCAGUUGGUGAUCUAAACGGUGGAUCAUAUGCUAAAGUAAUUAAUGAAAAUGGUGAAGCAUUAGGUCCAAAUGAAAGAGGUGAAUUAUGCUUUAAAGGAAAUCAACUUAUGAUUGGAUAUAUCAAUGAUAAGGAUGCGACAAGUAGCUGUAUUGACAAUGAAGGUUGGCUACAUACAGGUGAUGUUGGAUACUAUGAUGAUGAUAAGCAAUUUUUCAUUGUUGAUCGCAUCAAGGAACUUAUCAAAUGGAAAGGAUUUCAAGUGCCACCAGCUGAGAUUGAAGCAAUUUUACUGACACAUCCUAAAAUUAAGGAUGCAGCUGUGAUUGGAAUUCCAGAUGAAAGAGCAGGUGAAAAGGCACUUGCUUAUGUCGUAAGAGUCGAUGAAAGUCUAACAGAAAAUGAUGUCCUUGAGUUUGUCGCAAAAACAACAUCACCUGCUAAGCGACUCCAUGGUGGUGUUAUUUUUACGGAUCUAAUUCCUAAAAACCCAAGUGGGAAGAUUUUAAGACGAGAAUUGCGAGAAUUCUAUAAACAAUCAACAUUGAAAGCUAAGUUGUAAGUUGAUUGAUGAUUGAUCAGUCAACACAUAAAAAAACAAGUCCGUCAAUAUUGGGUUCAAAGAUUAAAGUUAAAUACGAAAAGAUUUGCUAGUCAACUCCAAUUUUUUUUUCCUAACAUUUCCAUUAGCGUACUCGAAUAUUUGCUAGAUAAAUUUAAAUGUUUGUGGAUAACAGGUUUUAGUCUAGAACGCUUUGUUUAUACCUUCUUUUUGUAUGUUUAUCAUGUUUUGCACCAAACUUUGUAAGCUUUAGGUAUUAGUUUGUAAAGUAUGGAUAGAAAAAAAACCCAAAGAGAAUUUUGAUUAUUCUUCUUUUAUCACGCGUUAGUCAAGGUCAGUCUUAAAUGAAAGAUAAAGGGGUCGUUCACAAAUGGCGUCGAUCAAAUAUUAAUAAAUAUUCUUUUGUGUAAAGGUGUUACCCAUCUCCAGAAAAUAUGAACAUUAAUUUUACGAUGAACCCCAAAGGGGCCAUUCACUUAUUACGUAACGCUUUUAGGGGGAGGGGGGGGUCUAAGAUUUUGUUACGGUUCAAGCAAGGAAAUUUUUUUUUCAUACAAAAUUUGUUACGAGGGGGGGGGGGGGGGUCUAAGAAGUCAUUUUUUCGCGUUACGUAAUAAGUGAACAG